CCGAUUGACCUCGCCAGGAGCGGAGCGGAAGAAAGAGAUCGACGGCAAAAGGGAAGAUGGGGAAGGAGCUGACGGAGGAGCAGGUGGCGUCGAUGCGGGAGGCGUUCUCCCUCUUCGACACCGACGGCGACGGCCGGAUCGCGCCGUCGGAGCUGGGGAUCCUCAUGCGCUCCCUCGGCGGUAACCCCACCCAGGCCGAGCUCAAGGAGAUCGUGGCCGCGGAGAACCUGACCGCCCCCUUCGACUUCCCCCGCUUCCUCGAUCUCAUGCGCGCCCACCUCCGCCCCGAGCCCUUCGACGCCAAGCUCCGCGACGCCUUCCGCGUCCUCGACAAGAACGCCACCGGCGCCGUCGCCGUCGCCGACCUCCGCCACGUCCUCACCACCAUCGGCGAGAAGCUCGACCCCGCCGAGUUCGACGAGUGGAUCCGCCAGCUGGGCGUCCCCCCCGACGGCACCUUCCGCUACGAGGAAUUUAUCCCCCGUAUGGUUGCCAAGUAGUGACGAUCGGUCUAACCUUAGGAUCCGAUCUGAUCCGAGCACUGGAGCAGGGUUCCUGUUUCAUGCGGGGGAGUUCAUGAAGAGAAGGGGAAAAGAUGAAGUAAAAAUAGUCUGACAAGUGACUGGUCAUAUUUUCUCAAGCAAUAAUCUACUUUGGUUGUUAGUUUAAUUUUUGAUCUGCCAAUGCUUGAGCUUUGAAACUUGAUUGAGUAGUUUUAGUUUUUUGCCUUGUUCUUUACGGUUUUCAUUUAUUUGGGGCAUGUGACUGGUGACUCAUGUAUCAGUCCCAGGAGCUCUUAAAAGUUAAUAUCCAAUCUUCAAGCAGACUCAUUAAUA